AUGCAGCUCGCCGGGGCAGCGCUGGUGCUGUGCGCCGCCGCCGCGGCGGGCAUGGCCGUGGCCGUGGGAGCGGGGCCGGGAGCGGGGCUGGCGCGGCCCGUGGGCGAGCGGCGGGCGGCGGCGGCGAGCAGCAAGGAGCGGCGGGCGCAGUUCGCCUCCUGGGACGAGGUGAACGUGAUCGCCCACGGGCUGCUGCAGCUCGGCCACGGCCUCAAGGAGCAUGUGGACAAGACGAAGGGGCAGAUGCGGGAGCUGGGCAGCCGCCUCAGCGCGCACAACACCUCCAUGGGGCGGCUGCUGCGCCAAGCCCGGGAGACGCAGGAGCAGGGCGAGCUGCUGCGGGCCAGCGUGCGGGAGCUGGAGGGCCGCGGCCGGCAGCUCUUCAACCUCUCCGAGGCGCUGCGGCAGCGCCUGGAGGAGGUGGCGGCCGACAAAGCCGAGAUCCAGGGCCGGCUGGAGCAGCUGGAGGGCCGCGUCCGGCAGGCGCUGCAGGCGCGACCCUCCGAGAACCAGAGUGCCAAGGACCUGGGUGCGCUGCAGACCCUGAUGGACGCGCAGAACUCGCGCAUCGAGGAGCUCUUGCAGAAGAUCAAGCAGCAGCAGUACAAGCUGGACAAGCAGAAUCUGCAGAUCAAAAGCUUGCAGAGCAAGGUCAAUCUACUGAUCCCUUUACAUCUGAAAGACAACAAAACUCAGUCUCCAAAGUGGAAAAUAAACUUGAAGAAAAGCCUCAGCCACACCAACCAAAGCCAGAACGCUAGUGUGGAGUCUGUGCUGCCCCUGAAGCUCCCGGAGAAUUGCCAGCAGCUCUUCCUGGAAGGGCAGCAGAGCAGCGGGGUUUUCCAGGUCCAGCCCUCUGGGUCUCAGCCCUUCAAGGUCUACUGCGACAUAACAGCAGAAGGUGGCUGGACAGUGAUCCAGAGGCGUAGAGAUGGCUCUGUGGACUUUGACCAACUUUGGGACGCCUAUAAGAAUGGCUUUGGAGACCUUCAUGGUGACUUCUGGCUGGGCCUGGAGAAAAUACAUCACCUUGUCCAAGAGGGAAGACACAAUCUCUUGAUUGAGCUGGAAGACUGGGAGGGAAAUUCCCAGGUGGUACAGUUUGUUUUCAGCCUUGGUGGAGAGAGCACAGCCUACACGCUCAACCUGCUGGGACCUCUGUCUGGAGAACUGGAAAAUGCUGUUGGGGACUUCAGGCAGCUGCCCUUCUCCACUCGAGAUCGUGACCACGAUCUCAAAGCUGACACAAACUGUGCCAAACACCUGUCAGGUGGCUGGUGGUUCAGUACCUGUGGCCAUGCCAACCUCAAUGGGAAGUAUUUCCGCUCCAUUCCCCGCCAGAGGCACGAGCGCAAACAAGGCAUCUUCUGGAAGACAUGGAAGGGGAGGUACUACCCUCUGAAGUCAACCACCAUGAAAAUCCAACCCACAGAGCUGGAAGCAGAAUCCUAAAGCUGCCAUUUCAGACUUGACCUUCUUCUCUGAGGAGCACAGAUACGAGCUCCAUCACUUGGUGUUUACAGAAAAUAAACCUACCCUCCCCAGGAAGUCCACAGAGGAUCAUUUCUCUUGCUAGUGGCCCUUUAGUGGGCAGUGACUGUGGCAUGGCACAGUGCGGUUAUCAGCUUCUCACUGUAGGUAAAACAGCUUUGUGCUGCUGAAACUGAUGGAUGAGAGCUCUCAAACCAGAAGAGGAACUGCCAGCAGGGAGAAGCAGGAGUCUUCAAACCUGCCUCGUGCCGCUGCAGUGAGUUAAAGGCAUCUGGUGCUUUCUGUCCUGCCUGAAUACUUCUGUGUUGGUGUUGAUCAGCUCAACUGAGUGCUGAGGCCAGGGGAGAGGGAGGUACAUGGAAGUGUUUUGCUGCCCUGGCCAGAACAGUUGGGUACUGGGCUUUGGUGUCCCAUCUCUCACCGUUGUUCCCAAAUCAAGUUGUACAUACUUUCCUCUGAAUGUCCCCCCAGGCCCUCCUUCCUCCUGCCACUGCUGUGGAGGCAAUGAGCACCUGACAUCUCAGUUCUGUAUUUGCUGCCCAACCCUCACUCCAGUGAUUUAAACCCGGUAAGAACAUGAGUUUCAGUGGGAAAGACACUUUGGGGACCUAAGGCUCACUUGACUUCCCUGCCCUCUAAGGCUUCAAAGCCAUGUAUUUGUGGCUGUGCUGGAAUUUGCCAAGAGCAGGGAAAAUUCCUUCUGUUCCAAGAAACGAGUGAGAUCCCACUGUGGAUUACACAGGGACCAGAAGAGAUACUGGAGAGCCUUUCUGGUUGCAGUCUGACUCUUGAGCUCUGCCUGGAGCCCAUUACUGCUGCUGAGCAUGGCUAGGAUGAGCUCUAGGACAGCAGAGGUACGGAGCAGUUCUGACCCUGGGCAAGACCAGCCUUGUCUCUCCAGCCUGAUCUUCUGAGUUGGCUGCAGCCAUGAAUCUCCUUAAAGCCUGGAGGUUUGCCUUCUCCAGAAAGAGUCCCCAUCCUUUGCAGAGCGGGUAGCACUGUCCCUCUAGAGUGACCUGAAAUGAAUUGGCUUUAAAGGGCCAGGGUACGGCGAGGUUUCUCUGCAAGAACACCGCUGACUUCUCAUGUGCAUGUCCUGAAAUGCAGCAUAGCUUUUACCUUCGGAGCGGGUGUAAGAGGAGGCUUUCUGGGGAGAUGUGGGCAAAACAGAUCACUGAAAACUGUUACAGGCCAAGCUUCCAUCUUGGGGAUUCCCAAGCAUCCUGCCCUAUUGAAGUCAUAUUGACUACUGUGCUAGAGCUCCUAGCUGCUAAAUAUUGUAAAUAGUCAUUUGUAGGAUGUUGGAUCUUUUUGAUGAAUUUCCUGUUUUAAUUUGUUACUAUAUAUUUAAAUGCAGUGUUAAUAACAAUGUGGUGUAAUUUAUAAACGUUGGCUCUGGAAAAAAAAAGUAGU